GUACUAGAAUAGAGUUAUCGUCUUUGUCUAUCACAGAAAUUUCAUUAUUUACCGAUAAGCAGGUCGAUGGUCGAUGCUAUAUUUGUUUUGGGGUAUAGUGUGAUAGUGAUUAGUGUGAAGUGAAGUAUUGUAAAAUUAGUAGAAAAAAAAAUCUGUAAAAAUGUCUUCAAUUCCAACCAGUCUAUCCGACCUGUAUAAAAGAUACAAAAAAUGGGUCGGCGAUAAUCCUCAAGUAGUUGGCGAUGUAGAAACAACCAUAAAAUGGUUAUCCUAUUUCAUAGCUGGUCGCAUAAACACAUCACCAAUCAUUUCCGAACUAAUUUACUCGCUGUCGAACCUGCUGGUGUUGUUCAACGAUCGCAUCAUAACAAAAUGUCAAUAUGGACAACUGCACGACAGCCACGAAACGAAUCUGCAACUGCUGUUAACGACGCUGGAGUACUGUGAGGUUUUCAUCGAAAUUACUGCUGCCAAAUUGUGGGGAAACGCUGGACGCUGGUUUUUCAUAUUCGUCGUUCAGGUGGUCAAAUGCAUCGGUCGAAUGUUACUCGUUUUCAAACACAAACAGCUGAUUUCCAAAAGUCCGCCAAUAGCUCCGAUAAAUCGAAAGACAUGGUCGCAAAGCGACGAGGAUCAAAUCACAAAUCAAGGCAAUAACUUCGCGACAAACAGUGCAUUUACAUUCACAUUGAAGAGGUCGGGCAAAGUGAUCCGUAAGGUUGAAGGAGCCCCACCGAUACAUCUGCGCAGUUGGAAACCAUUGGCCGAAGAGACAUUAAAUGUUCAAAGCAUUCCGACAAUCGGAAAAACAUUCACACUGGCCGAAUCGCUGUACAUUUUCAAGCCAUUGAUCCAUUUGACUUGUUCGUCGGUGGUCGGAUUGAAUUCGUGGAAGAGCUACUCAUUGUCAUUGCUACUGGAUAUUGCCAGUCUGCGCAUCUAUUACGAUCAACGAGAUAAACUCACGAAAGAACAGAAAAUGGAAUUGUCAAAACGAUGCGUUUCGCUGCUGCUGUAUCUGAUGCGAUCGCCGUUCUACGAGAAAUGCAGCCGGGAUCGAAUCAGUCGCCUAAUCACGUCCGUUGCCAGUACCAUUCCAUUCACAAAUGUCGUGUGUAAACCGUUGCUGGAUUACAUUCCGCAUUGGCAGUCAACUUACUUCUACAUGUGGUCCACAUAAGAUUUGUGUAUUCGGCUGCAAAGUGUGCGUGUUGUGCGUGUUUGAUCGGUGGGUUAUGGAAAUCGGGGGAAACAUUUUAUUCCGUUGAAUAAAAG